UGGGCCCCACACCUACUGGAAUCUCUCUCUCUCUCUAACAAACUCUCUCUCUCUCUCUCUCUCUCUCUCUUUCUAACGACACUCAGUUUUCCUUACAAAACAAGCAACCAUUUCCGCUUCUUCUUCUUCGUUUCUUCGUUCUUCUUGAUCUUUCAAACUCUCUCUGAUGAUCUUUACAGUCAACUUCCAUGGAGAGAGCAACGCUGAGUGAACCUUCUUCAAGCUUCUUCUUCUUCUUCUGCUUCUUCAGAUUUGUGAUCGGCUGAUGUGAAUCGAAGAUCUCCAUAGCUUUCUUUUCUGUUCUGCUUCAGAGAAAUAGUUUUCGUACGACAAAAAUGUAUGAAGAAACUGCCUGUUCCGAUCCCAAUUCCAUGUCAGCUGAACCUACACCACCUGGUGUACGAGAUGCUUCUGAAAAUGGCUUUCCUCAAACAAUGGCGCAUAUUCCCACUUUGCCUUCGUUUCCUCCUCCACUCAUAGUCGGCGGUGGUCAAGACAGCCAUGCCAAUUUUGAUGACAAUAAUCUCAAUCUUUCCAUGGAGGAGAUUUCUUACCACCACCACCACCGCAGCGGCGGCGGCGGCGACGCCAUGGAACUCGAGUUUCAGCAGCAGGCGGUGGGGUUUGAUAACUGUAACAUGAACCCUAGUUUUGGUCAAGAGGUAAGUUCUGAUUCGAAUCGGAUGGUUUGUCUUGAUCAAUCCGCUUGGGCUGGGACGCAAAUUCAAGAAAUGGGGUUUAAUCACCAUCUGAUUCAAUCACAAGAUCAUCAGUUUUCAGAUUCCGCCAUGGCAGCCGCCUAUACUCAAGCUCCGGACCUCUUAAACUUCUUCAACAUGCCAGCUGCUAGAUGCUCCAACAACUCUUCCAUCUCCUUCUCCAACAACACCAUCUCGAACCUCCACUCCUCCGCCAUGGGGGGGUUUCUUGCAGACCUUCCCGCCGGCGACGGUAGCAACCCAUCAUCGACUUCGCUUUCAAUACUCUACGACCCUCUGUUCCACCUGAAUCUGCCACCACAGCCGCCGCUGUUUAGGGAGCUGUUUCACUCUCUUCCUCAUGGAUACGGUCUGCCGGCGGCUAGUUCCAGAGGUCGGGGAGGGAGUCUGUUCCCGGAGGGGGAGAUAAUGGAGAGAGAAGGAACUGCUGGAGUUUAUGAAGACGGCGAUGGAAGUGGAGUUUUGGAGUUCAGUAGGGAUAUGGCGGAUUGUAUUGGAAAAGGAAGGGAUGGGAAAAUGACCAAACAUUUUGCCACUGAACGCCAAAGAAGAGUUCAAUUGAAUGACAAAUAUAAAGCUCUCAGGAGUUUGGUUCCAAGCCCUACUAAGACUGAUAGGGCAUCAAUUGUGGGAGACGCCAUAAAUUACAUAAAAGAGCUUCUGAGAGAAGUGAAGGAGCUGAAACUACUGGUGGAGAAGAAGAGAUGCAGCAGAGAGAGGAGCAAGAGGCAUCGGACGGCGGAGGAAGACGGCAGCGCAUGGGAUGUAGAGAGCUCAAAUGCGAAGACAGUUGCUGUGGGAGAUGGCGGUGAGGAUCAAAGCUACAACUUGAGGAGCUCAUGGCUGCAGAGGAAGACCAAAGACACUGAAGUUGAUGUGAGAAUUGUUGACGAUGAAGUCACCAUAAAGCUUGUGCAGCGCAAACUCAACUGCUUGUUGCUUGUCUCUAAAUUGCUUGACGAUCUACAGCUUGAUCUUCACCAUGUCGCCGGCGGCCACAUUGGCGAUUACUACAGCUUCUUGUUCAAUACCAAGAUAUAUGAAGGUUCAUCAGUGUAUGCAAGUGCCAUAGCCAACAAGGUUAUGGAGGCAGUGGACAGACAGUACAACAACACCAACACCGCCAACACAUCCAUCACUCCACACACCAAUACCUAUUAAUGAGUGUUCUUCUUCUCAUCAAACCCUAAACCCUAAACCCUAAACCCUAAUUGUUUUCUAAUUUCUAAUCUUAAUUAGUUUCUAUUACUUAAUAUAUUACUUAAUAUAGUUGGUCCCACUACCACUUAUCUCUAAUAAAGCUUCUCUUUAUUUCAA